AUGUCUAUUCGUAGCGUGCGCUCGCGACGUGAAGUCGACCCGUCUAUCGUUCUCCCUAUCCAAUAUCGCACCGUCUCCUACCAGAUCGAAGAAUCUAAGCAGAAGGAUGUCACGCAGCGGCCCGAGGCGAAAGACAAAGCCACCAAGGAUCUAUCCGAGCUCGAAUGGCACACAAUCUCAACCGACGAGGCCCUUCGCCGUCUCAGUGCAUCGAUGACAGAGGGUCUCUCAACUGAACAAGUCACUCGCAGAAUCAAAGAAUACGGUCUAAACGCUCCAUCUCCACCAGACUCACGUACCCUUCAAAAAUAUUUUGGUUAUUUCUUUAAAGGAUUUGGCCCUAUAUUGCUGGUUGGUGCUAUCCUCGUUUUCGUCUCUUGGAAACCACUCGGCCAACCGCCAGCAUUGGCAAAUCUGGCCUUGGCAAUAGUCCUACUUGCGGUAUUCUUCAUCCAAGCUGCAUUUAAUAUGUUUCAAGACUGGAGCUCAUCGCGAGUUAUGAGUUCCAUCAAGAACAUGCUUCCCGAGGACUCGAUAGUCCUCCGAAAUGGCGUCCAGGCUUCCCUCGACUCCAAGGUGCUCGUACCUGGCGAUAUCGUAUAUAUCAAGGCCGGUAAUAAAUUGCCGGCUGACAUGCGCUUCCUUCAGGUUUCCAGUGAUGCUAAAUUCGACAGAUCUAUCCUAACGGGAGAGUCUUUGCCAAUGGCAGCAACAGUGGACUCGACAGAUAAUAACUACCUUGAAACUCGGUGCAUUGGUUUGCAAGGUACUCACUGCUUCUCUGGAUCCUGCAUAGGCUUAGUUGUGGCAACUGGUGAUCGGACGGUAUUCGGGCGUAUCGCAGCUUUGACCAAUGAGCCCAAGGUAACAUUAACCACUUUAGAAAAGGAGGUCUUAUACUUCGUCACGAUCAUAUGCUCUAUCAUGCUCACUAUGAUUGCUAUAGUCCUAAUUGUCUGGGGUGCCUGGCUUCGAAAGGUUCAUCCUAAUUGGAUCAACGUCCCGAAUCUUAUCGUUGGAUGCGUUAGCGUAGCUAUCGCAUUUAUCCCCGAGGGGUUACCUAUUGCAUUGACCGCCGGUUUGACUAUCACCGCGAACUUGAUGCGGAAUCACAAAGUCCUGUGCAAGUCGUUGAAGACGGUUGAGACCCUGGGGUCUGUGUCAGUCAUCUGCUCCGACAAGACUGGGACCCUCACCGAGAAUCGAAUGACUGUCACCGAGUGCACUAUUGGAAAUCACACCAUCACGGUUGAAGGAGCUGAGGGCGAGCUAGAUGCGAGCACCACGCCGGCCGUCGCUGGCAUGAUAACAACUGGCGUAGAUCAAGUGCGCGCUAUUGCCGGGCUCUGCAAUGCAGCCGAGUUUGACGCUGCGACUAUGGAUUUACCCCUCGAGCAGCGCCGCGUCUUUGGCGACGCUACGGACCAGGCAGUGCUGCGGUUCUCUGAGCGGUUCGGCUCAGUACAGCAACUACGUCAAUCAUGGCAGAAGACAUAUGAACUAGCUUUCAACAGCAAAAAUAAGUUUAUGAUUAGGACGUUCUCUCUGCCCAGGAAGGACUUGCUAAAGGGUACCCUGUCAGAGGCCGAAGCAGGAAGCUUCCAUGUUGGCGACACACUUCUGACUAUAAAGGGGGCCCCUGAUGUUCUUAUCAGCCGGUGCUCCUCCUUCGUUAAUAAUGCGGGCGAUGUGCAUCCCCUUGAUGAUGAAACACGAGCGUCGUUCGAGGAAGUAAAAAACGCGUAUAGUAGCCAGGGAAAGCGUUGUCUUUUACUUGCCCGCAAGGUCAUUCCCCAGAGCGAACUUCAGUACCACUCCGUAACCACUCAAUUUGAAGACGAGAUUACCACGCACGCCAAAUCGGACUUGACUUUAGUCGGCCUCGUAGCUAUCGUCGAUCCUCUACGCCCAGAAAUCCGCGAAGUCGUUUCGACACUGCGGGGGGCUGGCAUAAGGGUUUUCAUGGUGACCGGGGACUUUGCUCUAACAGCCCUUGCGAUCGCUCAAGACGCUGGUAUCGUAACUAGUCCUACGCACUCUGUUCACAAUAUUUCCUCGCUCCCCAGAGAGGAGGUAGUGGAAGACGCAAAGACCCCAGGUCCCCGCUCGUCAAUUCUUAUUAGCGGACCAGAGAUGCUUGGUUUGAAUGAGCAUCAAUGGAAGGCCUUGACGGAGUACCAAGAGAUUGUCUUUGCUAGAACGACCCCAGAGCAGAAACUACGAAUCGUAAAGGAGUUCCAAAUAAACGGUGUGGUGGCUAUGACUGGAGAUGGCGUAAAUGAUGCGCCGUCUCUAAAAGCUGCAGAUGUUGGUAUUACCCUCGGAAGCGGCUCCGACAUUGCCAUCGAAGCAGCCGAUAUGGUUCUUCUUGAUUCCUUCUCGUCUAUUGUAGAAGCGGUACAAUACGGUCGAGUGGUGUUUGAUAACCUGAAAAAGGUGAUCUGUUACCUGCUACCAGCUGGAAGUUUCGCCGAGUUCUGGCCAGUAAUGACCAAUGUCAUCUUUGGAAUCCCACAGAUCCUUUCGUCCUUUCUUAUGAUCAUUAUCUGCUGCUUUACGGACUGCGCUGCUGCAACAGUACUCUCUUAUGAGAAGCCUGAAGCCGACGUCCUGCUGCGAAAACCACGCAACGUAAAGAAGGACCGUUUAGUCGGCUGGCAGCUUGUGAUCCACGCAUAUGGUGUCCUUGGCAUGAUGGAAACUAUAGCAUCCUUCGCAAUGGCCUACUGGUACCUAGAGAAGAACGGAAUCCCAUUCCGCGUGUUGUGGUUUUCCUUUGGAGAGCUUCCGGAAUGGAUCGACCAAGAUUAUUAUGCACAAAAGCUAAAUGAAGCGUCUUCAAUUUAUUUCGUUAACCUGGUCGUAAUGCAAUGGUUCAACUUACUUGCAGUGCGCACGCGACGAUGGAGUAUCUUCCAGCACCCACCUAUUUUCAAUAGGCAUACGCAAAACCUAUACCUUUUUCCAGCAAUUAUCUUCUCGUUGUCAAUGGCUAUCUUAUGGCUUUAUAUCCCUCAGCUUCAGUCGGUUUUAGGAACUUUCCCUGUGCCGGUAGAACAUUGGUUCCUGCCCUUUGCUUUUGGUCUAUUCAUCCUACUAUUCGACGAGGUGCGCAAGCUUUUCGUACGAAAAUAUCCUAAUGGACUAUUGGCUAAGAUUGCUUGGUGA